CAGGGGAGUGGGAGCGCCGUCUCGUGGUGAUUAGUCAGGGCACUUCCAGAGCUGGAUUUAUGGCACGCAGCUGUUGAGUGGCUGACAGACGUGUGAGGAGCUCAAGCACUGCUGCUUCUCAAGCUGCUCGUACCAGCUCGAGCUCUGCUUACUGUUGCGUAGGGAAAGAGGACUGCUGUGCCUCAACACUCAACGCCACCAGAUGGUGCGGGAGCAGUAUGUCACCACCACCCAGGGCAGCAGCUCACCCCGGUCGGUGCCUGACCACGUCUACAAGAUCGGCAUCUAUGGCUGGAGGAAGCGAUGUCUCUACCUGUUUGUCCUGCUGCUCAUCAUCAUCCUGGUGGUCAACUUCGCCCUCACCAUCUGGAUCCUCAGGGUGAUGUGGUUCAACACGGAAGGGAUGGGACACCUACAAGUCCACUCAGAUGGGGUCAAGCUGGAGGAAGGCGAAUCUGAGUUUCUGUUCCCUGUUUACGCUCAGGAGAUCCACUCCAGAGAAGACUCUCCACUUCUAGCACACUCAUCAGAAAACGUUUCCCUCAAUGCCCGUGAUGAAAAUGGUGAUGUUACAGGGAGGAUAUCUGUGGGUCCAAAAGAAGCUCAGGGACACACUCAGAAUCUGCUCAUUAACUCCCACAAUGGCAACAUGCUGUUCAGUGCAGAUGGUGACCAGGCUGUGAUUGGACCAGACAAACUACGAGUCACAGGUCCUGAAGGAGCUCUGUUCCAGCAUUCAGUAGAGGUGCCCCAGCUGAGAUCUGAGCUGUUGAAAGACCUGAGGUUGGAGUCCCCUACUCGCUCUCUCAGUAUGGACGCACCAAAAGGAGUUCAUAUCAAAGCCCUGGCUGGCAACAUUGAAGCUUCUUCCAACAUGGAUGUUAUUCUACAGUCUACUGUAGGACUGCUGGUGCUGGAUGCUGAGACGGUGCGCAUGCCGAGCCUGCCCCAGAGCAAAGAAGGGGUUUCUGGAAAUGCUCAGGGUCUCUAUGAGGUCUGUGUUUGUCCCAGCGGGAAGCUCUUCCUAUCCAAGGCUGGAAGAACUUCCACUUGCAGCGAUAAUCAGGAGUGCUAGAUUGACUCUGACAAGGUCAUUGAUUUUCCAUCUCUCAGAGGAUGCAUCUUUUGGGAGGCAACAAGCACAAUUGUUUAUAUGCCGCCUGAGUUUUUUCUUCUUUUUUGGAAUCUUUAUACCACAGUGGUUCUAUGAUGAUCCCACUGGCACAUCGAGGCCUGUUAAAAUACAAAUGCCUGCUGGCAUACAUGUUGGAGAUGUCAUGAAAUGUAUCCUUUUAGUUGCAUUUAUGAACUUCUAACUACUCAACUGAAACAAACUGGCUCUCAGUACUAAAUUAGUCAGCAUCAGAGGUUUAUGAAGAUUUUUUCACACACAGUAUCAUGGCUGGGCAAUGAGGAGCUGGUAACAGCUUACAUCCUAUGCAAUAUUAUCUUAUGGUGCAAUAAAUAAAAUUGACACAUAUCAAGGGCUUGGAAAAUUAAAAAAUAAAUCUCUAAAAUGGCAACAGAAUGUUAUUGAAAGUAUUUAUUUUGGUUUAUGCAAAAGCCCCUCUGGCUCCAAGCCCUUGGUAUGCUGUGUUUUUGUUUUAGUGUUGAGCAUGUUUUUAUUAAAACUGAGAAAUGUUAGUAUAUUAUGUCAUUGUCAUCAUCAAUUCACAGAUGAAUUGGAUCUCUUUUUCUAUUUUUUUAUCCACUCAAAUUUAGAUAUAACAUCAGACAACUAACAUGAGUCAUGUUUUUCUUCAAAUGUUUUCCAGGGUUGACAUUAAAAUACCAAGUCCUUGUGGCACCGCAAAGUGUUACUAGCGUGGCAUCUCGUGUAAUUAUGUGUUUUUUUCCAGUUAUAAUGUUAUAUGUAUGUUUGGCCUGUGUUAUUUUGAAGUCCGUCUUAAGCAUGUAAUUACAAAAAAACAAGGCAGGCAGUUUUUCUUGGUAGUAAGCUGCACUUUUUUUUUUUUUUCUUUUUUUCCCCCAACAACCUCAUUUACGAUCAAAGGCCCAACAGAAAAUUGCCUUUCACUGCAGAAACAUGACAGCAAAACCAGAACUGGUGUAAUAAAGAGAGUUGUGGGUAGCUGAGUGGAAAAAUUAAUUGGGAUUAUUAUUGCAAUUUCGCUUUUGCCUUUUUUGGGGCAAAUAUGCCUUGAUUUCAUUUUCUUGUAACACAAUACGCAUGACAGCACUUAACAGUUCAAAGUUUGUCAGAAAAAAUACCAUUCUGUAAAGUUACACUGAGUUUACUACCUGUUCAUCACUGUUUUGAGAGCAUUUUUACCAUAAUUAACACGUUACGACUUUGUGUUAUCAUUGUUAGUGUUGAAGUUGUUGAUUUGCAGUUCUGACUUUUGUUUUAGCAUAUUUUGAUAGUGUGAUAGGUGUAUUUAUUCAUUUUGUAUGUUGAAUAAAAUUUGUGCUAUUCUUC